GUGGACUGGGAUGACAAACACACUGGAUGGAUAUAAAUGGCAGGGUUGUGAGCCGUAUAAUUUUUCAACAUUUGUUCACUUCAAAGAUUCUGGGAGCAUCCCGUUUGAAUCUAACCGCCAAUGCUAUAAAACCAAAAAAGAUCUGGAUUUUGCCUUGGAACAAAAAGAGUGCACGGAGAACAAUGGCGCUAUAUGUGAGCAGCAUAUUGAAGGUAAUACGUGUCCUUUGAGUACGCUGAUCUCACUAGAGUUGAAAGACGUCCAAUCCAAAACUAAAGCAGACUGCAUUAAUACCUGUGAAAGCGAUGUGACGUGUUACGCCAUCGUGUCAUACUCCAAUGCCGAGUGCUUAUUGAUGAAGGCAAAUGAGGCUAGCGAAGGAAGCUCCUCUGAGGUCAAAAUUGCUAUUCGACAAUGCAUACGGGGUGAAGUGAAGGAUAGCACCGAGGUCAUCACGCCAACGGAAGUCACCGAUAAAAUUCCCCAUCUUAAUUGUGGCACUGGAGCCGGUGAGUGUACAUUCUCGGACAUCGGGCAUUAACUUCCUCAUCAGGUCUUCUAAAGGGCAACAACCCUUGUAUGUUAGCUUAAAAUUCAAUUGGGUUCACUUAGGGGGUAAAACUUCAUUCUAAACAGUGCUGUUAUGGACUACGAGGGUUGUUCGAUAUGUAAUGUGUAUUGUACGAUAUCUCAAAAGCAUUCAAGUAAAAUAGUGAAAUGAACAUUACGUCCAUUCAAAGUAUUCUCCGCGGUUUGAAAUACAUAAUUUCAAUCUCUGAAUCCAUUUCUGAAAUUCGUCACGGUACGCUGAUUUAUGUAAACCUCUGAAGCACUGACUGAUGGCUGAGACAUGGCCUUGUCGGGACUUGUAACGACGACCAGAUAAGAACUUUUUUUGGAAAAAGGAAAACGUCGCAUGGGGGCUAGAUCUGGAGAGUAUGGUGGGUGUGGCAAGGCG